UUCUCUGGUCUGAAAAGAGUGGCGGGAUCCGCUGCAUUUUCUCCCCAGCUACCUGAGAGUCGUGGCUGGCUUCUUCGGUGACCUGGCUGCGAAGGGCUCUCGGGCGUCCGGAUCCCGCUGGAAAGGUGUUUCGUGUUCCUCGGCAGCAAGUGUUGGCUCCGGAAGCCUCCCUUGGGACCAAUGUGCAGUGGACGAUGCCUCUCCUAACCCCACAGAUCCAAGACGAGAAUGACUACAGCUUAGUGGCCAGCCUUGACAACGUUAGGAAUCUCUCCACUAUCUUGAAGGCUAUUCACUUCCGAGAGCAUGCUACGUGUUUCGCUACUAAAAAUGGAAUCAAGGUUACAGUGGAAAAUGCAAAGUGUGUGCAAGCAAAUGCUUUCAUUCAGGCUGGAAUAUUUCAAGAGUUUAUAGUUCAGGAAGAGUCUGUUACUUUUCGAAUAAAUUUAACUGUCCUUUUAGACUGUUUAUCAAUUUUCGGAUCAAGUCCUAUGCCAGGAACUUUAACUGCACUUCGGAUGUGUUACCAAGGUUAUGGUUACCCUUUGAUGCUAUUUCUGGAAGAAGGAGGAGUGGUGACAGUCUGUAAAAUCAAUACUCAGGAGCCUGAGGAGACUCUGGAUUUUGAUUUCUGCAGCACCAAUGUUAUCAAUAAGAUUAUUCUGCAGUCAGAGGGGCUCCGUGAAGCAUUUUCUGAAUUGGAUAUGACAAGUGAGGUGCUACAGAUCACCAUGUCUCCCGACAAGCCUUAUUUCAGGUUAUCUACUUUUGGGAAUGCGGGAAGCUCCCACCUUGAUUAUCCCAAAGAUUCUGAUUUGAUGGAAUCAUUUCAUUGUAACCAGACCCAGGUCAACAGAUACAAGAUUUCUUUACUGAAACCUUCUACAAAGGCCUUAGUCCUGUCUUGUAAGGUAUCUAUUCGAACAGAUAACCGAGGAUUCCUCUCAUUACAGUAUAUGAUUAGAAAUGAAGACGGACAGAUAUGUUUUGUGGAAUAUUACUGCUGCCCUGACGAGGAAGUUCCGGAAUCAGAGUCUUAAGUAUGGCCUUCCCUGUGACCCCCACCUGAACAUUCAUGAUAGGUCACUUUCUCAUUCUGGGUAUGUAGCAUUUCCAGGAGUCUGGGUUUUCUAAAGGAAAGGAGCAUGAGGGAGAUAGGAAUAAGGUUCAUGUACUCAAAGAGUUGCUGUAUAUUUUUUAAGUAAAUGUUUCAUGUAAUCAUAGAUUACCCACUACUGGACUGUCCUGGGGUUGUCUUUUGAACUCCUCAUCAUGAGCCAAGAUGAAUAAUCUAUUUAAGUGAGACAUUUCAAGAGUCUAAAAAUGUAAAGUUCCAUGAAUCCAUACCGGAAAUGUUCUUUUAUUUAUUUACUAUUAGAAAAAGCAUCAACGUAUGGGCAUUGCUUAUUAGUUUGAAUUCUGAAGAAUAUAUCUUAAACGUGGUUCUCAAGGUGUGGCACCUAGACCAACAGCAUUCAGUAUUACCUGGAAACUUGUCAGAAACUCUGGAGGUGGGGCAACAAUCUGUAGCCUAAGAAAACUUUCCUGCAGGAAAUUCUGAUGCAUGCUAAUGUUUGAGAACCACUGUUUUGAAGGAUGCUUUUUGUUGUUGUUGUUUUAAUAGUAUUUAAUUGCACUGAAGUGAUUACUUUUGCAUGUGAUUUCUUCCCUGAUGUUCUGAAGUUUAGGCUUUGCCAAACAAGUCUGAGUAAUUACAUGAUUUAGUUUUAAAGUAUACAUUUUCAAGAAAUCAAUGAACAAGAUAUAAAACAGUCUUCAGAGUUACAGGAUUUCUUCUUGUUCUCUGCAACUGUUCAGUGCAGUAAGUACUGUAGUAAGUACUUACUAGAUAUCUUCUGUUUGCUUAUAAAAGUUUCUCAUCCAAACCAACAUGGAGAAAACCAGUUAAUAAGUGAUUUUGCACUUUCUUGGGUAGUUUUCCAUCAAUUUUUAUGGCAUGUCGAUAUUUAAUAAAAUGAAAUACUAAAAUUA